CACCCCCUCUACGCCAUGUCCCCCCCUGGCUCGGCCGCGGGAGAGAGCGCCGGCGGCGGCGGAGGCGGUGGCGGCCCCGGGGUCCCGGAGGAGCCCACAGCAGUGGCGGCGGCGGACGAGGGCCCCGCCCGAGAGGAGCAGCGUCCCAUCCAGCCCUCUUUCACCAAGUCCCUCUGCCGUGAGUCCCACUGGAAGUGCCUGCUGCUCUCCCUGCUCAUGUACGGCUGCCUGGGGGCCGUGGCCUGGUGCCACGUCACCACGGUGACCCGCCUCACCUUCAGCAGCGCUUACCAGGGCAACAGCCUCAUGUACCAUGACAGUCCCUGCUCCAAUGGCUACGUCUACAUCCCCCUGGCCUUCCUGCUCAUGCUGUAUGCUGUCUAUCUGGUGGAGUGCUGGCACUGCCAAGCCCGCCAUGAGCUGCAGCACCGUGUCGAUGUGAGCAGUGUUCGGGAGCGCGUAGGCCGAAUGCAGCAGGCCACACCCUGCAUCUGGUGGAAGGCUAUCAGCUACCACUAUGUCCGACGCACCCGCCAGGUCACCCGAUACCGCAACGGAGAUGCCUACACCACUACCCAGGUGUAUCAUGAGCGUGUCAACACACACGUGGCAGAGGCUGAGUUCGACUACGCGCGCUGUGGCGUUCGCGACGUGUCCAAGGCACUGGUGGGGCUGGAGGGCGCGCCGGCCACGCGGCUGCGCUUCACCAAGUGCUUCAGCUUCGCCAGUGUGGAGGCCGAGAACGCGUAUCUGUGCCAGCGGGCGCGCUUCUUCGCUGAGAACGAGGGCCUGGACGACUACAUGGAGGCGCGCGAGGGCAUGCACCUCAAGAAUGUGGACUUCCGCGAGUUCAUGGUGGCCUUCCCCGACCCGGCCAGGCCGCCGUGGUACGCCUGCUCGUCGGCCUUCUGGGCUGCGGCGCUGCUGACGCUGUCGUGGCCGCUGCGCGUGCUGGCUGAGUACCGCACGGCCUAUGCGCACUACCACGUGGAGAAGCUCUUCGGUCUGGAGGGCCCGGGCUCCGCCAGCAGCGCGGGCGGCGGCCUGAGCCCCAGCGACGAGCUGCUGCCCCCGCUCACCCACCGCCUGCCGCGGGUUAACACGGUGGACAGCACGGAGCUCGAGUGGCACAUCCGCUCCAACCAGCAGCUGGUGCCCAGCUACUCGGAGGCCGUGCUCAUGGACCUGGCCGGGCUGGGGGCGCGCGGCGCGGGGGACGCGGCCGGUGGCUACGCGCCCAUGUGCCGCUACGGCGGGGUGGGCGGCCCGGGCGCGGCGGGCGUGGCCCCGUACCGGCGCAGCUGCGAGCACUGUCAGCGCGCGGUCAGCAGCUCGUCCAUCUUCUCGCGCAGCGCCCUAAGCAUCUGCGCCAGCCCGCGGGUCGGCCCGGGGCCCGGCGGAGGGCCUGGCUGCGGGGGCAGCCGCUUCUCGCUCGGCCGCCUCUACGGCUCGAGGCGCAGCUGCCUGUGGCGCAGCCGGAGCGGAAGCGUCAACGAGGCGAGCUGUCCCACGGAGCAGACGCGGUUGUCGAGCCAGGCCAGCAUGGGGGACGACGAGGACGACGACGAGGAGGAGGCCGGGCCGCCGCCGCCCUACCACGACGCCCUCUACUUUCCGGUGCUCAUCGUGCACCGGCAAGAGGGGUGUCUGGGCCACAGCCACCGGCCGCUGCACCGCCAUGGCUCCUGCGUGGAGACCUCACUGUGACCAAAGGCCCGCGAUAAGCCCGCUGUUCUCCCUCCUGCCCCUCGCCGGACUGUGCCCCCCCUGCCUGUAGCAGGGGGAGUCACGAUGAUGCUGAGUCUGUGCUGGGCACGGAGGAUGUUUGGGGGAGGCAAGGGUGAGCGGGACAGACUCCAUGGGGAUGAGACCCCCGCCUUCCCUGUACAUAAACAGACAGAUGGGUGGGAAGGGGUCGCAGUUCCUAUAGAAUCCCAUCGGGGCAGAGCCGUCUCUUUCAUCCCCGCCCCAGAGUUCCUGAGGGUACCCCUCCCCUUCCUAGACACACACUGGAUUUCCCGUCCAGCCUUUCAAUGGAUCUUCUGACUGCUACGUGGCGACUGUGCUGUGGGACCCGCGUUGGGCCUCGUCUCAAGGGAAAGGCCCUUGCUGUGCAGCGGGGGAGGUUCGGAGCCUGGAGAAGGGAAAUUGUGGCUUUCCUUCUUCUGCUGCCUGGCUUCCCAGGGCCUGUGUCUCUACCGAGGGGGCCCUGGUUUGGUGAACAGCAGGGCUAGCUUCUAACCACCUAGCUAACGAAUUCAGUGGGUCUGCGCCGGGGCCAGGGGUCAACCCCAUCUUAAAACGGUGGAAAUGUUGUUAUCCUCUCCUUGGAACAUCGCACAAAGAUGGGGGUGGGGUUCCUCUCUGCUACUCCCACCACUAUUGUUUAUUUCACUGGGCCCCUGGAGUCUGGGUCCUGGAGAGACACAGACGUCACUCUCCUCCCUUCCCUCCUGCUCCCUGGCUCUGAAGAGCUGUUGCCAGGGGGGCAGGGCAGGGCAGUGCACCUCAGUGCUUUCUCAGUCCUCUGGGAGUGGCCUUCUCCCUGGGUUCUAGGAGGGCACUCCCUUCCAAGAGGGUGAGAUCCCACCCAUGCAGCAUUCCAUAAAGCUGGUCAGAGUGAAUGACUGACUGGGGAGCUUGGGGAUAGACCUGAGUGACAGUGGGGACCUUUGGAAGCGUGACGGGAGUCAGAGGAGAGGGCAGUGAAGGAUGGAGUAAAAGGACCUCCAAAGGAGGGCGUAUCUUUGGGGAGCAGCCCACAGGUCGCCUCUGCAGGGCUGAGGGUCUUGUCACAAGCCCCAGCUGAAGAAAUACUCAAUUCCAGUGGCAGGGUCAGAGUCAGAUUCUCUAAAUCUUGCCCAAUUCCUCCAUCCUCCCCCAUCCCAUGAGCUGACGAAGCCCUGCUCUGUGUCCCGGGGACUUCAGAGGGGCAUCCCGCCACCACCACAGGGCCCUGCCCCACAUCCUGUUCCCCCAAAGCUCUGACGUCCCCUUCACCCCUCACCGCUCCCACUCUGGUGUGCUUCAGUGUGCAUGUCUGUGUACAACCACCCUCCACCCCUCCCUCCCAGCUCCCCCUGCUAAAGUUUUCCCAGCAGACUUAGUGCCUAGAGAUUGAGCUAUAUUUCAAGUUGAAGAGGAUAACCCUUGGCUGCCUAACAUUGCUCACCCCUGAUGCUUCUCACUUUGCCUGAGCUAUCAGAGCUCCUUCUUCCCCUCCUGCAACACCCCCCAUCUUCCGUCAGCCAAGCUAGGCCCGCACCCGCCAAGGGCAUGGCCUCUACCUAUGCAACAUCUCUGGCUCCCCUGCCCCCCUCCCCCUGGGGGGGUCGGGAGGCACAGGUUGUAGAGACAGUCUGUGGCCUGUGGCGGUUGAGCUUUGUUUUCCUGUGGAGAUGGCUGAAGGCCAGAGAAGGGGAGGCUUAGGCAGGAGGGUACAGCUGCCCAUUACGAUUCCCUGACAGCAGUGCCCAUCUGCCUGCUAGCACUGAACCCGCCUGGACCCCGAGUCUGUGCUCCUCGGGGGCCUGGCAGUUGGAGCACCCCUCUUUCCUCUGAGUGGACGUCUGUGAGGUACAGAUGGUGAGCUGUGGCCUCAGGCCCCAGUUCUUGGCCAGCUGGCACCUGAACGUCUUGCCCUUGUGUGGGGGCAGCCUGGCCACCUCCUGGCUUCAAGGAGGGAGGAACUCAGCUCCUCCCUCAAGAUUGGUUCUGAGGUAAACCCUGAGCUGGGAGAAGGUAAAGGGGGUCCCUAUUACUACUUUUGCCUGUACUGACUGUUCCUGCCUAGGUUUCUCACACAGACAGCCUCAUCUCCCACACAUGCACAGACUUAGAAACCAGUUCUUUGAUCUUUUUCCUUGGUGGCUUUAUUGAUUGUCAAGGAAAAGGAAAACCAGAAAAUUAGUCUACAAUUAAACUUUACGCUGAAUGUUCUUGUUUCUCUAAUUAGAACCUCUGCUAGCAGCUGUGGCUAUGUACGCACACACUCACCCUCACACCUACACAUUUGCACUCUGGAACUGUCAGAGGGUGUCAGGCACAGACAGACUCGGGGUUGCCUGGACAGGCACACAUUGCAGUCACUCCCAAGCCCCCUUUGGUGCUCUGCUCAGCGCCUGCUUGUUGGGAGGAGCCCCCAGAGAGCAGGCACCGCUAGGCUGUGGUUUCAGCCUGCGGCCCACCCUUUGAAAACCGAUCUGCAGGUUGUGGGGCCCUCAGUCUGAGGAGGAGGGGAGAUGGGACUCAGCCUGAAUCCAUCAGUCAGGUCCUCUCAUGGCCGUGGGUUGAUGUGAUUUCUGUGGGUGUGGCUCCAGGGUGGGCAGCCACAGAGUGUUGGGGACUUGUGGAGGGGGCCUGGAAGGCUCCGUGUGUCCUGGGGACAAGGGCUUGUGGGGUGGGCUGGGCCUGGUUGGGAGAAGACAGGUCUCUGUCAAUUGGGUGCAUCACACUGUGGCCUUUCUGUCGUGGAUUUCCAAGCGCAAAGAUUGUACAAUUCAAACUGGUGGAUAAUAAAGUUUUGGAUGACU